AUGUCCAGUCCAGCCAAAAAGCGAAAGAGAAAUGGUGCCAAUUCACCGCCGCAGCCGACACGCAGUAUUAAGUCGUUCUUCACACCAGGCCCGACGCCCGAACAAGCCAAUACAACAGAGCCCAACGUCACUGAGCAAACUCUCUCCGAUGAAGCUCUGGCGCGCAAGCUACAAGCUGAGUGGAACGAGGAAGAAAGUAGUAUUACUUCUACGAAGCCUACACAAGCAGAUACACAGAUCGAUCGAGCUUUAUCUAUACCAAACCCGCCUAUUUCACCCAAGAUAGCGCCUCUGACGCCUAAGAAGAGCACUCUAUCGUUGCAGUCAUCAGCCGGUACAGAGGAUACAAUAUCUCUCGCAAUUCCGCUCGACCAAAACCCCCAGACGUUCGACGCAGGCCAAUGUGCAGCAGAAUUACGGUCGCAUUGGGCAGCCGAAGGCGGAGAUGCCUCAUAUGCUUUGUUAACGAGAGCCUUUGUCCUGGCGAAUGCGACAACCAGUCGAAUAAAGAUCGUCGAUACAUUGGUGAACUUUCUUCGAGUGCUCAUUGAAGGGGACCCAUCAAGUAUUCUGCCUGCCGUGUGGCUAGCAACUAAUUCUAUAUCACCCCCAUACGAUGAACUAGAGCUAGGUCUGGGCGGUUCUUCUAUUUCCAAGGCACUGAAAAAGAUAUAUGGCCUCAAUAGCCAAGGACUCAAGACACUCUACGAUAAACACGGCGAUGCAGGGGACGUUGCCUUUGAGGCCAAGAAGCGACAGUCCUUUACUCUGGUCAAACCCAAGCCGUUAAGAAUCAAGGGUGUAUACCAAUCGUUGGUGAAAAUCGCUACUAGCAAAGGGCCUGGUAGCCAAGAGGCCAAGCAGAGAAUUGUUGAGAAGCUCCUGCAAGAUGCACGAGGUGCUGAGGAGAGUCGAUACAUUGUUCGGACAUUGGUUCAAAAUUUGCGGAUUGGCGCAGUCAAGACGACGAUGCUCAUUGCUCUCGCACGAGCUUUCUUAUACUCCAAACCCGCUGGCGCAAAUUUCGAUGUCCAACCACUGCAUCAACUUGCGCGCUUGAAAAAGGACGAGCUUGCAGAAAUCUACAGCAAUGCGGAAGAAGUUGUCAAAGCGUCAUACGCUAGACAUCCUGAUUAUAAUGACUUGGUGCCCUGCCUAUUAGAUAUUGGUCCGACUGAAGAGCUUCUGGUCAGAUGCGGGCUAUCGAUGCACAUCCCACUAAGACCCAUGCUGGGCAGCAUCACACGCGAUCUGUCGGAAAUGUUGACGAAGCUUCAAGGACGAGAUUUCAGCUGCGAGUAUAAAUAUGACGGACAACGUGCUCAGGUCCACUGCGAUGAGCAAGGAAAAGUGUCUAUUUUCUCCCGCCAUCUUGAGCUCAUGACAGAGAAAUACCCAGAUCUUGUAUCGCUAGUCCCGGAAAUACGGGGAGGAGGUGUCUCCAGCUUUAUAUUGGAGGGGGAGGUGGUGGCCGUGGACCGUGAAACUGGUGACCUCCAACCAUUUCAGGUCCUGACCAAUCGUGCGAAGAAGAACGUCGAACUUGGCGAUAUUAAAGUCAAUGUGUGCCUUUUCGCAUUCGAUCUCAUGUACCUCAAUGGCGAGCCUUUACUCGACCGCCCCUUUCGAGAACGUCGCGAAUUACUGCGCAGCCUCUUCGUGGAAAUCCCCAAACACUUUACCUGGGUGAAGAGCAUGGACGCAACAUCAUCCGAUUCCGAUGCCGUGCUCGAGUUCUUCAAAUCCGCGACCGACGUCAAAUGCGAGGGCAUCAUGGUCAAGAUCCUCGACAACGAACCUAACACCACUCAACCUACCAAGCUCUCGAACGCAGACACCGAGCAACCCGUCCACGACCUACCGACAAAAAACACCCCGAAACCCAAAGAAAGAAACACUCGCCGCAAAGCCCUCCUCUCAACCUACGAACCCGACAAACGCCUCGAAUCCUGGCUCAAAGUAAAAAAGGACUACAGCGCCUCCUCCGAAACCCUCGACCUAAUCCCCGUAGCCGGGUGGCACGGCCAAGGCCGCAAAGCAAAGUGGUGGUCUCCGAUCCUGCUCGCCGUGCGCAAUCCCGAAACAGGCUCCCUGGAAGCCGUCACAAAAUGCAUGUCCGGCUUCACAGACAAAUUCUACCAAUCCAAUAAAGACAAGUACGCCCAGAACAGCACAAAUGUCAUCUCCCGCCCCAGCUACGUCGACUACCACGGCGAACCAGACGUGUGGUUCGAGCCACAGGAGGUGUGGGAAAUGGCCUUCGCAGAUAUCACGCUCAGCCCAACAUACCCGGCUGCCAUCGGACUGGUCAGUGAAGAACGAGGCUUGAGUCUACGUUUCCCCCGCUUUCUAAAAGUCCGCGAGGAUAAGUCUAUAGAUGAGGCGACAACUUCGGAUUAUCUAGCACUGCUGUGGCGGAAGCAGGCAGAGCGUGCGGGUGUCGAAGCCGAGGGUCGCGAUGAGGAUGUAGAGUAA